GGUGUUUUUUGGCGUGCCGAAUGCCCGCGCCCCGUCCCGUCCCCGAUCCCGUCUCCGAUCCCAAGCCACGGCCACAGCAGAUGACUGUUUUCGAACCAAAUAGGUGUGAGUAUUUUCACGCCCAACGCAACCUAACGUAACGCAACACGGCUGGUGACGAGAGUAUGGCAGAAAUCGCGGCACUGUAACGAGUUACCGUGGACCGCUAACCGCUUCACAAACGAAAUUUAUUGUUCAAAUAUUCAAGCAGUUCGGUUCCGCGCCGCAGGAAGGCAUCCAUUGCGUUGCACGUUGUGAUAUCCGCUUGGAAAGAAAAUAAAAAAAAAAAAAAACAGCAUAAAACUAGUCCCAUUUUUGCCCUGGAGCGGAUUACGGCCGGCGGAUACGGCCAUAUCUCGGGAACCACACGCGGGUGGAGGGAGUAGUAUAGGCAGGCAUGGCGAACAUGUUGAGUGCAACUAGGCCCUAGUGAAAUGGAAAUCCCCCCAGCACAGCACAGUUCCUCCGCAAUGCAUACGCCGAAACUUCCAAGGUACCCAGCAGGGCACGAGGGUUGAGUGAAGGGAGCCGCCGGGAUUGAAUCGAAAGAGCCGAGAGCCGAAGACACCCCCAAGAAAAAAACAACAACAAUCAGCUACGCAACACGCCACGGGGGAAGGGGUGAAACGACUUCGGCAACCCGUUGGAAGUCAGGGUUGCGAUUAUGACCCUUUGGGUGCAACAUCAGCAGCAGCAGCAGCAGCAGCAGCAGCAGCAGCAACGAGCAAGGGUAGCUCCGGUUGAAGGUGAUAGCAGCAGCAGCAGAAGCAGCACUGGCAAGGCAGCAAGUGGUCGGCGGUAAGCUGAGCGAUGGUGCUGAGCACGGAAUGGGCCCAGGUAGAGAUCAUCGACCUGGUCAACGACGGUAACGGGCUCGGUUUCAUGCUGGUCGGUGGCCGGAGCACCGGUGUCGUGAUCAAGGCACUGAUACCGGGCUCGGUCGCCGAGCGGGACGGGCGGCUCCAGAGCGGCGACCAUGUGCUGCAGAUCGGUGACGUCAACCUGCGGGGCUUCAGCUCGGAACAGGUGGCGACCGUACUGCGGCAGUCCGGCCCGCAGGUACGGCUGAUUGUGGCGCGCCCCGUCGAGCCGACCUCGCCCGACUAUCAGGCCCUCGCCAGCCAUGCGCCCAUCAUACCGACCAAGCUGCUAACCGACCCGGACGAACUCGACCGGACGCUCCUCCAGACGGCCGGCUACACGUCCGGUGCGUUCCUGCAGCCGGCCAUCGCCGUCGUCGAGCCAUCGCAGCCGCCGCCGCCGCCGCCGCCGCCGCCGCCGCUGCCACCGCCGACAGCUGGACGGCAGAGGGCCCUCUGCCAGACGCACAUCGAGGUGGUGGCCGUCAACAACCAGGCAAACAGCAACAACAACAACAACAACAACAACAGUAACGGUGUUACGCUGCUCACCGGAUACGACACUCUGGACAGCAUCGAAACAGUGAGCCCGGACCAGCUGGCCAGCCGGGAACACGCUGCCGAUCGCACGGAAACGGAACAGUACCAUCACGAGCACCACGAGCACCAGCACCACGAGCACCAGCCACCGGAAACACCGGAAACGGAAACGUACGAGGUGGAACUGCGGAAGAACGUGUACGGGCUCGGCAUCACGGUGGCCGGGUACGUGUGCGAAGAGGAGGACCUGUCCGGGAUCUUCGUCAAGAGCAUCAUCGAGGGCAGUGCGGCCGAGAUGAGUGGCCGGAUAGCGAUCAACGAUCGGAUCGUGGCAGUCGAUGGCCGCUCGCUGGCCGGCGUCUCCAACCACCAGGCCGUGGAGAUCCUGCGCAACACCGACAUCGCCGUCCGGUUGAUGCUGGAGCGGUUCCUGCGCGGUCGCAAGUACGAACAUCUGCAGGUGGCCCUCAUCGAUCCGGUUACGCCGCACAGUAACGGCACCGCCGGCGGUCACCAACCGGUGCUGGUGACGGUGGGAGACGGGGCGAAGCUACAGCGGACCGGUGCGACGAACGCCAGCAUCACUGCGUCCCAGUCACAGCAGCAGCUCAUGCUGGCGCACUGCCUUGCUUCCCAGUGCCCGUCGCAGUGUCAGUCGCAGCGUUGCUCCAUCGUCCAAUCGCCCUCCGUUACGACGCUCUCGAUCUGUCCGGCCCGUUCCGAUGCCGACUCGCUGGUGACGGAGUGUGACGGUGGGAUCGAGCCGGAACUCGAAUCCGGUACCACGUUCGACUCGAACGUGUUUACGCUCGGUGACGCGGGGGCGGGCGAACAGUCGGACGAUGUGAAUGGUAAUGGGAGUGGGCACCGUGACCCGGAACCGGUGCCUGCAUCGACCGGCGGGGACCAGCACAGCUGUGAUACGGCCGGGACGGCCCCGGAGCAGGAGCAGGAGCAGGAACCGCGGGCCGACACCGUGACGGAGCGCUGGUCCCGGGAGGUACCGGAACACAGCCAGAUCGUGGUGGCCGACAUCCGCAAGCUGGCCGGUCUCGGCAUCAGCCUGGAGGGUACGGUGGAGGUGGAGGCGGGAGUGGAGGUACGGCCGCACCACUACAUCCGCUCGAUCCUCGAGGAUGGACCGGUCGGGCGCGAUGGUUCACUGAAACCGGGCGACGAGCUACUCCAGGUGAACGAACACCGGCUGCAAGGUUUACGGCACAUCGAGGUAGUGAAGAUCCUCAAGGAGUUACCGGUGCAGGUGCGGGUGAUCUGUGCCCGGGGCACGUCACCCCCCACCGUCAUCAACACGUCCCGCAAUGCCGAAGCGUUCGAGGCGCGCAGCCUGCUGGCAGGGGGCCUGCAGAGCCUCCAGUGCCUCCAGCAGGGUAUCCUCACGAAAGCCCAGUCCGAAAGUUCACUCUACACGUCCAGCACCGCCACCCUCACCGACCAGCAGCGGUCGAAAUCGGUCGAACAGGUGUCCGGGCUGGCGCUCUGGACGAACGAGGUGCUGUACUGCGAGAUCGAGAAGACGGAGCGUGGCUUCGGGUUUUCCAUCCUCGACUACCAGGAUCCGCUCGAUACGGACGGUACGGUGAUUGUGGUGCGCGGUCUCAUCCCGGGCGGUUCGGCCGAAGCGACCAACUUUAUUUUCCCCGGCGAUCGGCUCGUCUCGGUGAACGGGCGGAGUUUGCAGGGUGCAUCGCUCGAUCAGGCGGUCAGUACGCUCAAGGCGAUACCGCUCGGGACGGCCCGGAUCGGGCUGUGCCGGCCACUCUCCACCUCCGAUAACAAUCUUUCUUCCUCGCCCGACACACCCACCACCUAGCUGCCGGGGUACCCUGGUGCAGUCGGUAGCGUCCGUAUUCCAGCCUCCUCCUUCUGAAUUGUGACCUCCUGGCCCGGCAAACAUGGCACCCCCGAGGUCCCUUACCAAAAAAACCGAUUGUAAUACAAUUGGUCUGUCGCAAAGGUAAACAGGACUUUUUGCAUAAUGAAAAUUUCUGAUAGCACUAUCUUAAUGUGCGAAUUUUUGUUUGCAAGCUGCAUCUUUGAGGGACUUUCUGUCGAAAUUUCAUGGCAUUUAAUUCGUCGGAAGCAAAGUUAUGGAGCCUUAAGGGAGGACUUUGGUAUUUAAUUUUUAUUUGUGACACAUGUUUUUUAACAUUUUUCCCUGAAAGCUGAUCUUUUCAAGAGUAUUGUGUAAAAGUUUUGGAUUCAUCGAGGAAAAUCUGACAAAGAUACAGAUUUUUGAAAAUCCACGUUUCAUACGAGGCUCCAUGCAGCCCGGUACUUUGAAGAGCGUUUCCCAAAAAACCAACGUUUUCAAAGUCGGUGCUCAUCGUACUGUAAAAACUACUGGGCCGAUCGAUUUGAAAUUUAUAACACAUAAUCUGUACACUCUAGGCCAGGUAGUUCCGUCGAGAGAUUAUUAAAAUUGUUUAUACUUUUUUUCAAAACAACUCAUUAAAAAUCGAGUUUAUAGGUAAAAUGGUAAAAAGUGUCACUUUUUCCAACUUCAAAAAUCUGUCAAAAAUCGAAAACUAGGAAAUUCAACGAAACCUCUCCGGCAAUAGUUAGAUAAACUUAUAAUCUUUCUAACGAAUAUCGAUUUGUACUUUUCUAAUAACCCGUCACGCAGCUACGAUGGGCACCAGGAAAAGUAUCUUUUCGAAGACACGACUGCCUAAAUUUGAUAGCAUGGAUUCAUUUUUCAAUGAAUGUUGCUCAAAACAAUACCAAAUAUUCUUCAAAUGCUGUAGAUUAAUAUGCCAUUUAGUUGAAAAAAUACAGUUCAAUGGUUACGUCACAAAAAAUCGUUAAAAACGGGCCCCUUUUUUGGCCCGAAAAUACCCCGAAGUCCCCCCGUAAGUGACAGUAUGUUGUGGGUGGUCGGUACAAAAAUGAAAAUUCAACAAACAACGAAUAAAAAGUUUAGCUUUUAAACUCGGUAAAGAUGAGAGAUGUUUAAUGCAUCUUAUUCGUCGGAUUGCUGCAAGAAUAUCGUGAAGAAGGGAGACUGCGCUUGUUGCGCCCAUAAAUUGGCGUCUCAUCGUUCGACGAUCGAUUUAUGCUCCAGAACUUUGCUUCUAGUAGACCAAAUGUCAUGAAAUUUGGACUGAAAGUUCCCUCAAAGAAGCAGCUUUUAAACAAAAAUACUCACAUUAAGAUAGCGCUAUCAGAAAUUUUCUUAUUGGAAAAGUCCUGUUUUUCCUUGCGACAGACCAUGUAGUUGCUAAUGCUGUGGACUUACCCGCGCUACUAGAGAACGCCAUACGCCGGUGGAAGCGACAGACGGACAUGGGGAGAAAUGGGAAGGCACGAGGGCACAAAAAUACAACGCACGGAACGGAAUGCACGCACGCGCCAUGCCUAAUUCCGAGUUUUGGGUAUUACUUAAGCUGCAGAAAAAAAAAGCAACUCGUACUGUGAGCAACUCGUACAUGCUAGUAGAUAAAUGCAAUGUUACUUAGGUUAGCGCCCCACAGAAAGGCAACACUUUAGAUAAGCUUGAGCGUAAGUUAUUUUGUUAAUUUUUUGGCUCCCUAGAUGAAACCAAGGAUAUAUAUAUAGCGUGGUCGGCACAAGUAAAAGCCCACCUCUAUAGUCCACCACAUUUUCGCCUGUAAAUGCGUCAUUUUCGGUCACAUAGGCUUUGCGAUUUUUAUGCUAGAAGCUCGAACUUUCCUCUUUCCAAAUCACUUGCUUUGAGCUUGAUAGGUUUGAUAGUCUCUUUUUGAAAAUUCUUCAAGUGCGAGAUGGUCGAUCAUGAUUGUCAGAAAAGUAAAAGCCCAUUUUGCAAUAAAUAUUAUUAGGACUCCGGCAUAGCCCUGUGGUUACUGUAUCUUAAAUAGGGCUUUUGUUUACGUCUGUUUUAAUGUUUUACGUGCCUUCAGUAUUGUUUACACAUGUUAAAUCCACUUAUCCGAGCAUCUCCAGUAGAAAGUCGAUUGACCCUAUGCUCAUCAGAAAACUACUUUUUAAUCAUUGUUUGAACCAAGUACUGCAACAGAUAUAAUCAGAAACCAAAAUUAUGUUGAUUUUUUUUAUUUAUUUUAUGGAAUUUGGUCGAGCAAGAGGAAAACGAUUUUAAACGAAUCGCUAAAACCAUAAGUCCAAAAUGGCUGCAAAUGGAAAUCUGCGUUAAGAGUGGCCCGUAUGAAAUGAAAAACAUGUUUCCUUGCUGGUGGGCUUUUACUUUCACUCGAUCAAUUAAAAAAAAAACGAUUAUCAAACCUAUUAAGCCGUAAGUGAUUUGGAAAGAGGCAAGUUAGAGCUUCUAGCAAAAAAAUUACAUGGCCUUUUGUGACCGAAUAUGUCGAAUUUACGGUCGAAAAUGUGGUGGAUCCUAGCGGUGGGCUUUUCCUUAUGCCGACCACUGUAUGUAGUGCACGGUACAGUAGCGCGAAUGUCGGCUAGUGCAGCCUGACGAUUACGGAACUGAUGGGUGUGUGCGUGUCGAACAACCUAGAGGAAAAGCUGCAUCAAUAAAGGGUGCAGACUUAUCACAAUCAUCUGCGAUUGCUGGCAGUAGCAGGCAAGCCAUAUUAGGAGGCAUAGGGCAGAGUAUAGUGCACCUAAACCGCAACAGGAAGAAAAAAAAUAACAAUAAAGUAAAACCCAAACUCAAAGAACUAAAUUAAAUCUGAAUCGAAAAAAAAAAUAAA